GGAGAUUUCGAAUUUUUGAUAAAAUGCUCUUAUUAAUAUAUUAACUACAUAAACAAUCUCUUACACACAAUGUUUCUAAACAAAAGUGUACAAUUUUGUUAACUAAAAGCCCUGCACUAAAGCCCACAGAUUCUUGAGCGUAGUAUCAAGUUAUAAGCCUCUGGAGCCGGUUGUACAAGGGUGGUAUAACCGACACUAGAAACUGUUCAGUGCACUCGGGAGCUGGUAUUGGAGAAGAUGCAAGUGUUAAAAUGAAAAGCUCACUUCCUGUUACUUCCUCGGUCAAAAAUAGCAUACGUAUUUCGCACAAUCACGGUACGAUGAAUUGCUUUGGAGGACCUUCAGUGUAUUCAAACAACGGAUAUUAAAAAAGCAAUUCACAACGACACUUGACAUUGUAAGAUAAUCAUGACAACGAUAUAUAAGUUGGAGGUAUUCCAAUACAUUCAUCAAUAUUCAACAUGAAACAUCUACUGGUAGUUCUGCUGGCCGGGUUAACCACAGCUUUCCGAUUUACACCGGCCGUUGUCUUCAAAGAUGUCGAGAGGCCCAAAAUUAUAAAUGGGUCACCGGCCGUAGCAGGCCAGUUCCCUUGGCAGGUAUCGAACCGUUUCAAAACUCUGUACGGUACGUCUUUCUGUGGGGGUUCUUUAAUUUCCAAUAGUUGGGUUCUAACAGCAGCUCAUUGUGUUCAAAAUGCUUAUUCCUUUGAGAUUGGUUUGGGUAGCUUGAGUUCUAAAAGUAAUAGCUUAAUGGUGGUAACGGAUGAAGGAUUUCCUCACGAAGCAUACGAUCCCUACUCCUUAAACAACGACAUUGGGUUAAUAAACCUAAAGAGGACAGUCGAGUUUACUGAUACGAUUAGAGCCAUACGGCUUGGAAAGGACUACGUUGCCGAUCACACAGGAUUAACUGUCAGUGGGUGGGGGAAAACAUCUGAUGCCUCGACCAGUGUUUCUGCAGCACUCAAUUUUGUCGAAUUAACAACAAUCCCCAAUAAAGUUUGUGGGAAUAUCUACUCAUCUGCAGUAACCGAUGACGUAGUCUGUUGCACGGGCGAAAACUCAAAAAGCACGUGUAACGGUGACAGUGGAGGCCCACUAAUUCAUCUAGACGCAAACGGCACGGCAACUCACGUUGGCGUUGUGAGUUUCGGGCAUAUCGCGGGAUGCGCCAAAGGAUACCCCGCUGGAUUCUCCCGGACUUCGCGCUAUGGUAGCUGGAUUAAGUCCCACACUGGUAUUGAAUAAUUUGUAAAGGCGAAAUAAAGA